AUGAUGAUGACGAUGAUGACGGUGCGGCGCCGUGCGGUGUGCGCCGUGUUGUUCCUUGGGCUCUUGUGCUGCUGCUGCUCGUCCGUGUGCGUUACGGCGGCUGGGAGUCCUGGACAUGUAUCUGGUGAUGCGGAUACGGUGGUUGUGCCGGUGGAUGUGUCGUGUCCUCAGAGUGACGGCAGCCUGAGCUAUCGCGUGCGUGGGGGUGUGUGGGCGUGGACGAAGUGUUCUGCUGCCGGUGCUGAGGCUCAGUAUGAGAAUUAUACGUUCAGUGGCUUUGAUGUGCGCAUGCAUAGCCGAAAUGGUGAGCUGGGUACUGUGUGUCAUGUGGCCAAUGCGGUGUACACAUCUAACAACUGUACUGCCAGCUGUGCAACGAAGGAGGAAGGGGUCACCGUUGCCUUCACGAUGAAUGUGACGACACAUAAAUACGCCGGCCUUUAUGAAUUGUGGAAGAAUCAAUUUUCUUCCGAUGGAACCAUCCAUCCGCCUGCACGGAGCAGCGAUGCUGACCAGACGGGCAUCUGCCACCCACCACCGCCCCGUGAAGGGAAGGAUGAGAGAAAAUCCGGUGAGGCAACGGCGCCGCAAGUCAGUGCCGAGCCGUCACGUCAAAACGAGGGUGCGCGACACUCUGCCGCGGCUGACGCACCCAACACCGUCGAUCCGAGUCCCGCAUCCAACACGGAGACCACCAUGUCCGAGACGAACCCCAAAGACACCGACGAUAAUGAAAAACACAGUGUUGAAGAGGACGGUGUUUCCGGAGAAGGCAAGGAAGCCUUUGUGUCCCCAGCCGAAGAAGAAAACAGCGAGCAUGAUGCGGACGAUGUGGAUGAAAAAACGAGCGUGCACGAUGCGGACGAUGUGGACGAAAGAACGAGCGUGCACGAUGCGGACGAUGCGGACGGCAGCGACAUCAUCGCCGUGUGUGUGCGUACACCACUGCUGCUGCUGCUUCUACUGCUGGUGACUGCCUUUGCCUCUGCCACUGCGUGCUGA